AUGCGUGGUGCCCUGCCGCCCAUCCGCUCAGCCCAGGCCGUGGUGGCCCCCCACCGGCAUCUCCGACUGUCUCUCCAGCGCCCCUAUUCCUCUUCCUCUUCUUCUUCUUCUUCCUCCUCCUCCUCCUCCUCCUCCUCUGCUCAAUCCCCCAACCCCACCCACUACAGCCGCUCUAACUUCAAAGUCCUCCCCUUCAUCUGCCUGUUCGCCCUCGGCACCGGUUCCUACGUCCUGCUUGUGAAAUCCCGUACCGGUGUCCACAAACCCAAGCCCGAUUCCACCAACUGUGAACUACCCCUCCCCUUCUCCCCUUCUCCCCUUCCUACACAUAACUAA